AUGGAUCCUCCUCUAACUCUAUUCGUCCUCUCAUGGGGUGUCUACCCCCGGCGAGUUCUCAUCUACCUUGCCGAGAAGAAUAUUCUCAACUCACCACUUAUUAAGACCAUCGAAGCCACAGUUGACAACGGCAAAUUAUCCGCUCCUGGAAAACCAAGCGGCACGGCACCUAUGCUACGGCUUCCCGGUGAGACAUUCAUUAAACAGUCAAUCGCGAUUAUCGAGUACUUUGAGGAGAUCUGCCAUCAUCCCGAAGAGCCUUGGCAGGUGGAGCUUGCAAAGCAAGCCAACGGUACUAUGCUCGGAGAAUCAGCAGCAGAAAGAAGUCGAGUGCGAGACAUGCUAUCUCUUGCGGACGAGAUCACCAGUCAAUUCAGCUUCGCUUGUCACAAAGGCACUGCCUUAUUCCAGCAGUUUGAACAACCCCAUCCUCUCACAGCAAAGCUCAUUCUUGAGUAUUGCCGCAAGAAUCUACGAGUAUUGAACAAGUACUACGAACAUGAUCCGCGCUUUGACUGUGCUAGCGAUGCAAGGGUCAACAUUGCCGAUUGUGUCUUGUACUCGGUCUUGCGUUACGCCAAAGACUUGUACAGUAUGGAUCUCCUGGCUGAAUGCGAUUUGUCUGGCUUACAAGCUUUUUAUGACUGGUUUGGCAAGAGAAAGAGUGUUCAGGUGGACGAUGAUCACUUUCCGGGAUGGAUCAAGGAAUUGGCUAGUCAGUGGCUUCCUGUCGAGUAA